CCCGCCUGGAACAAGCUUCUGGACAUUACCGCCCCACGGAGCAACAGGAAUUCUGUCAUUGCCAUCCGAGCUGACAGCCUUUGGUUCCGGUGCCCCUCCUUGUCCUCUUUGAGCCUGGCCCACCUCGACACUGACAUCAGUGUCAUCUUCUCUUUACUCUCCCUCUUCUCUCACAACUAAGCCAUCAUGUCGCGAGCCAACCAGUGGUUCGUCCUCGGCGAUGGCAUCGCACGAGAGGUCAUCACGGCCGACAUCCAGCGCUACCUUGGCCCGGAUGCGCUUGUCAGGCCUGGCACAGGAAGCGGCGAAUACCAGGGCCAACCGGGCUACUGGAUCACUGCAUACCGAACCCUCACAUCGCAAAUGAUUCAGGAUCUGAAGAUGGAUUCGCAGCGUUGGCAGCAAGAGCGGCAACCAGGCGAGGGACGCGGAGGUAGUCAUAGUCCUUAUCUUCGUGAUACCAAGGUAUCAAGAGGAUCUGACGCAGUUCUAGCUUACCAAGAUUCGCGUACCCACGCUGCGCGCCAGCACUGGGGUCCCUCGAAACCGGUCGAGCACCCCUCGGCCGAUGUUUAUGACCGCCAGCCUGCGCCCAGGGCAGGUGGUGCCUAUACCUCAGCGUCGUACGCACCAAGCGAAGGACACUACACCACUGCGCCGGCCGGUUAUAACACACAACCAGGUUACCAGGCUGCUCCAUCCUCGGCUGCUCCAAGGACCGCGCCCGCGGACCCGUACUCCGGCUACUCGCAACGUGAUCAGGGAUACCAGUCUCAGCCUUACGGUUCUUACCCGUCACAGUCUCCAACAGAUGCCUACGGCCGACCCUCUGCCGCUCCGACCGCCUAUGUGACCCCAAGGUAUUUUGGAUACACCGACGACAACUUUUUGGUCUAUCGCUAAGCCCCAGUAGUUCCACGCCUGCUCCAGGUUACUACAUUGCUUCAGAUGGUCGUCGUAAGUGCUGAUACGUGCAUGGGUGCUUUUCAUCGCAACACUAACACUAAUCUCCU